AUGGGAUUCAGUCGAACAUUAAUAUCUUUGGCAUUUGAUUGUCUUUCCCUCAUUGUACUACUAUUGGAUAAGGUGGCCAGGAAUGUUUACGCACAGAUAACUGCACUACUGAAGGCAAGUAAGUCAAAUUCUUCAGACGAUUACAUGCAUGUGAUUGACCCAAACAAGAUACAUGUGGCCAGGAGCUCUCAAAGAGACUUGGCAAUUUAUGACUUACAGUUGAUUUUUGUAGACUCGGGUCUUCUAAAUGACGAUUAUAUAUCUGCCCCUUUUGGCACCAGCAGCAACACUAUGAUGAUGAUGACCUCUUCAAACGUUACAUGUAUCGAAAGAGAGCGGGAGUCCUUGCUAACAUUCAAACGAACCCUCUCGGAUGGAUUAAACCGUCUAUCAACAUGGACGGGAGUGGAAUGUUGUGAGUGGCAGGGAGUUGGGUGUGACAAGAGAAACGGUCAUGUUGUGAAACUUGAUCUUCGAACUCCGGUGUCUUCCACGGGCGACUACGACUUUGUAAACACAGACAACUGGAUCAGUGGUGAGGUAAGUUCUUCGUUACUGAAUUUGAACCAUUUACGUUACUUGGACAUGAGUUUGAAUAAUUUCACUGGACAGAUUCCUGAGUUCUUAGGGUCUUUUAAGUAUUUAGAAUACCUUAACCUCUCAUUCUCAGGUUUUAGUGGUAUAGUCCCUCAUCAUUUGGGAAAUCUCUCGAGGUUACAAUAUCUUGAUCUUUCCAUGGAUCGUUAUUACUAUCUCUCCUAUAUUCCCGGUCCCUAUUAUUAUGAUUCUCCCCUUUUAGUGGAUGAUAUAUGGUGGGUGUCUUCGAUUUCAUCGCUAAAGCACUUGGAUUUAUCAGGUAUAUCUAUCGGUGAACAUACUGAUUGGUUCCAUUCACUUAACAUGCUACCAUCUUUGCUUAAACUGAAAUUGGCCUUCUGUGAUAUCAAUUAUAUCCCUUCCAUAAAGUUCAUCAAUUUUACAUCUCUUAAUUCACUCGAUCUCUCUAAAAAUGGUAUGGACUCCACCAUUCCUGUUUGGUUAUCAAACCUUACCGAACUCAUUCAUCUAAACCUAUAUUAUAACAACUUCCAUGGUCGAAUUCCUGAUCAUAUUGGAACGUUGAGCUCUCUAGCAUUUAUUGACCUCUCGUCAAAUUCCUUUGAUUCUUCAUUACCAGUUCAGUUUUCAAAUUUGAGUAGCCUUGUUUUUUUGGAUCUUAGCUACAAUAUGUUCCAUGGCUUGUUUCCAUCAGAUGUGACGUUUUGUAAUCUGUCUAUUAUUGUUUUGUCCGAGAAUAACUUUGCGGAAGACCUUCCGAGUUUUAUCAGAAACAUGUUGCCUGAUUGCUUGCGUAAUAGUCUGAAGGAUCUUGAUCUUAGAGGGAACCAGUUCAGCGGGAGUAUACCGGAUAAGUUUGGAGAAUAUAGAAAACUUGAACACCUCAUCCUUUCAGAAAAUACACUGUCUGGUCCUAUGCCUUCCUCGCUUGGUGGCCUAUCAUCUCUAAGAGUGCUGGAUUUUUUCAAUAAUUCAUUGAGUGGGAACAUACCCACAACCUUUGGACUACUAUCGAGCCUAGAAGAGUUAAUUCUUAAUAGUAAUCAAUUGAGUGGGAUCAUCCCCGGAAGCCUUGGGUUACUCUCCAGACUAGAAAAGCUAAAUCUUGCUGGUAAUCAUUUUUUGAGUGGGAACGUUCCCACGAGCCUUGGGCAACUUUCAAACCUUGAAUAUCUAGAUGUCUCCUGGAAUUCAUUGGUUGGGGAACUUUCAGAAAAUCAUUUUACCAGGAUGAAGAAUCUAACCUUCUUGCAUUUGACUUCAAAUUCAUUAAGAUUGAAUGUCAGCUUUGGAUGGAUUCCUCCCUUCCAAUUGCAGCAUUUUGACGCAAGCUUCUGCAAUAUUGGACCCCAAUUCCCAAAUUGGCUUCAAACACAGGAAAAUCUUGAGCAGUUAUAUCUGUCUAACUCAAGUAUUAGAGAUAUGAUACCAGAGUGGUUUGAGAAUGUCUCGUCUCAUAUUUGGUACUUGGAUCUGUCCCACAAUCAGAUCUAUGGCAAACUGCCAAAGUUUCAUAACACAAAAUACCUGUUUUUGAACUCGAACAAAUUUGAGGGAUCAUUCGAUUUGUUCCCUUCAUAUGUGAUAAAUUUGGAACUCUCAGAUAACUUACUAUCGGGGCAUGUUCCUUAUACAAAUGCAACAACGAACCCAGAUCUGAAUUUUGUUAAACUCUCAAACAACCGUUUAACCGGAAGUUUUCCAGUACACUUGUGCAAGGUGCUUAGUAUUUUAGUUCUAGAUUUAUCAAAUAAUAAGUUUUCUGGUGUCUUUCCUCCAUGUUUAGGGAACUUGAGUGGGUUGGAAUCAUUGGAUCUUUCAGAGAACAACAUUACAGGUGCUCUGCCAAGUUCAUUGGGUUAUUUGCCACAACUCAUGUCAUUGCACUUAUACAGCAACAGAUUAGAGGGGAAUCUUCCCACAUCGUUACAGAAUUCAACGAAGUUGGUCACCAUGGAUUUAGGGAAUAAUUUGUUCACAGGUAAUAUCCCUCUAUGGAUUGGAGAAAAGCUGUUGAAUCUUCGAACCUUAACUCUGCAGUUAAACAAGUUUAUGGGAAAGAUUCCACAACAACUUUGUCAACUCAUUUUUCUUCAAUAUUUAAACUUGGCACACAAUAACAUAACCGGGAGGAUCCCUCUUUGCUUUGGCAAUUUAAGUGGCAUGAUCACGAAUAAGCAUGAAGAGUAUUACAGUGGAUCAGCAUUCUAUCAAGAAAACAUUUGGGCUUCCACAAAGGGAACCCAGUUACAGUACACCAAGAAUAUACAGUUUCUUACAUCCUUAGACCUCUCAAGCAACAUGAUUAUUGGAGAAAUUCCAUAUCUUUUGAUGAAUCUUGCCGGAUUGCAGAACUUGAAUCUUUCUGGUAACUUGCUACAAGGAAAGAUUCCAGUUACAAUUGGGAACUUAAAGGAAGUGGAAUCUUUAGAUCUGUCUAUGAACAAGUUGACGGGUCCGGUUCCUCAAAGUUUGACUGGCUUGAACUUUCUAAGCCACUUGAACCUGUCGUUCAAUAACUUAUCUGGCCCAAUUCCGACAGGAAGUCAAUUGCAGACAUUAAAUGAUUCGUCUAUCUAUAAAGGGAAUAUUGGGCUUUGUGGGCCGCCAUUAUCAAGGAGUUGCAAAGGGAACGACUCAUCAUACAAUGAUGUUGAGGAGAUUAAAGGUCAAGAUGACACAGAAGGCUUAUGGUUUUAUGUUGGCAUGGGCCCAGGUUUCGCUGUUGGAUUCAUCGGACUACUUGGUAGUUUGCACUUUAUAAAGAGUUGGAGGAUCGCAUAUUUUGAGACUCUUGAGGAUGUUUAUGGUUGGUUAAUCCUAUCCAUUCAAUUGAAUCUUGCUCGGCUAAGGAGGAAGCUUUUCUAGUGAGGUACCCUUCUGCAGUGGAUAGAGGUAUUCAGACCGGCCAACAAUGGUGAAGUUGCAGCAAGACAAAACACAAUGUUUGGCACUUUGUAACAAGUGGUGUUGUGUGAUAUCUAUAUCUUUUUAUUCUGUAAUUUUAAGAGAAAUUAUCCCAAUCUUGUCUGUAUUAGUUUUGUGUUCUAUAGCAGAAAGUACGUGUUUUAUGGUCUGUCAUUGUUUUCUUCAGUGAUAUCGAGACAUAUUAAUAUCA